AUGGCUGAUUAUCAGCAGCUAGGUCAAGCUGAUGAUGAUGAAGAAGUUAAAUUUUCAACUCCAAAUGUUUUUAUUACUUAUAAACGUCGAUGGUUCUAUCUAUUCGUUGUUUGUUUAGCUCAAAUAUCGAAUGCACUAAUUUGGAUAAAUUUUUCACCUAUUGCAAAUUUGGGUACAGAAUAUUAUAAAGUCAGUUAUGAUGCUAUUAAUUGGCUUAGUUUAAUGUAUAUGAUUGUAUCAAUACCAUUUACAUUACCAUCAACUUGGUUAAUAGAUAAACUUGGUGUUCGUUAUGGGAUGUUAAUUGGUACUUGGAUGAAUGCUGUUGGAAGUAUUGUUCGAUGUUUUAGUAUAUUGCCAAUAUUUAGUAAUAGUGGAAGAUUUGCAAUACUUAUGAUUGGACAAUUUAUAUGUGCUUUAGCACAAACUUUCAUUCUAUUUAUUCCAACAAAAUUUAGUUUUGUUUGGUUUUCCGAACAACAACGUUCAUUAGCAAAUUCAAUUGCUAUUGGAAGUAAUUUUUUUGGUAUUCUCAUUGGCAGUAUUCUUUCACCAUUAAUUGUACCUAAUAUUAGCAAAAUUCCAUUACUAUUAUAUUUAAGUGUAAUACCUGCUCUAAUAGCUGCUUUACUUUCUCUUGGAAUACGAUCUGCACAACCACCUACACCAUCAUGUCAAGCAGUUGUUUAUGUACAACAACCAUUUUCACUAGCGUUACUGAGACUUUUUCGAUCGAAAUCUUAUGUUGUUCUAUUUAUUGGUUGUGGACUUGCAAUUGGAUGUUUUAAUACACUUUCAACAUUAGUUCAACAAAUGAUGUGUCCAUUUGGUUAUGAUAAUGUAACAGUUGGCUUUUGUUUGGGAUGGUUUAUUGGUGCUGGAAGUUUGGGUUCAUUGGUAUUUGGCUAUUUCGCGGAUAAAACAGGGAAAUUAGAGGAAAUCUCAAAAAUAUUAUAUGCUACAAGUUCAAUUGCUUAUAUUCUUCUUGUCUUGUUUAUUAUCAAUCAAGUAUGGAAAUAUUUUAUUUAUUUUGCAUUUGCUUUUGUUGGUUUUGUAUCAUUACCAUUAUCACCUAUAUCAAUGGAUUUAAGUCUUGAAUGUGUUUAUCCAAUACCAGAAGCAACUGCAACAGGAAUUAGUGUUAUGUCCAGUCAAAUUAUUGGAAUACUAAUGGUAGUUAUUUUUCCAAAAUUUGCUCGUCCGCUUAAUGCACAUCAAAUGUUAAUUGAGACUUGUUCAAAAGAUCUGAAAGAUGAUAUAGCAAUAUUAGAUUAUUCAACUAUUCAAUUUGAUUCACCAAAAGAUUUAGCUUCAUUUUCUCGAGUAUCUCGAUUAUUUUUAUCUGUAUCACGUGAUGAUCGUAUAUGGCAACGAUUAUGCUAUCGAUUAUAUAAUAUUAAACCAUCAUUAAAUGGAAUGAAACAAAGUUUUUAUGAUUUAUUUACAAAAACUCUUGUACCUUAUGGCCGAUAUCUUGGUUAUUGGAAAUCAAAUGAAAGAUAUUUUGGUGGUCUUACUGAUGUUACAUUAAAUAUAUUAGAUGGAACUAUUACAGGAGAAAAAUUAAGUGUAAUGAAUGCUUCAAAUAAUAUAGCUCAAUAUUAUUUUGAUGAUGAAGAUGAAGAAGCGAAUGAAUCAUUUUUAAAACCAGUUUUUAUACGAUCAAAAUUAUUUACUAUUGAUAGUUUAUCUCAUCAAAUCUAUUGUCAUCAAUACAAUCAGGCUCAUCAUGAAUUAUCUUGGAUAAAAACUUUUAAUAAAAAUCAACAAUAUUUCGGUUUAUCACAAGAAGCAUUACCCAGUAAUGAACGAUCAUUAUUAAUUACACAUGAUCAUGAUUUAACGGAAAUACCCGGAGAACGAGAUAUUUAUUUUACAAGACAUUGUUCCGAUGAUUCAACAAUUAUUUAUCAUCCUCUAUCAAUUCCACAAUCAACAACUGAUGCGAGUAAUCAUUCAUUAUCACGUUUAAAUGGUCUUUGGAUAGGAUCUUAUGGUGGUCAUGGUCUUGAAUUACUUCAUUUAGAAUUGUGUCAUGAUUUUACAUGUCCAACAACGGUUGAUGGAAUGUUAACAGAUGCAGAAAUUGUUCCAGAUGCUUUAAUUGCUAGAAAAAUUUCCGGAGAUCCGAAUGUACCACAUGGUAAAAUAACUUUUGCUGCUAUACAUCCUCUUGAAGGUGAAUCAGAUUCUCCUUUAUGUUAUGAAGGCAUUGGACAAAUUGCACAUACAGGUUAUGUUAAUCCACAAUUUAUCCGUACAAAAGUAACUAUAUUAUCGAAUGAUAUGUUAACCGUCACAUGGUAUGCUUUACAUCAUACCUCAUUGUUUAAAAGAUGUAUAUUUUGA